AUGGGGUCCGGGCUGAGCAAGGACCGCGCAGCCAUCAUGUCGGGCAUCGACCAGGGCAGUCUGAAUGUCGUGAAGACCUGGCUCGACAAAUACACGUACGACGCGGCAAAAGACGGCGGGUCGAAGCUGGGCUUCGUCAACAAGAAGGGGCACACACCUCUGAUGUGGGCGUGCAAGCUCAACCGCAAGCACCUGAUCAAGCCGCUGCUGGCGGCUGGCGCGGACCCGAAUCUGCAAUCCUGGAAGAAAUCGAGCGUCGGCAGCGCGGUGCACGUCGCGUGCCGGGCUGGAACGCAGGAGGUCAUUCGCCGGCUCUGCAACGCGGGCGGCGACCCGUUCGUGUGCGACCUCAAGGGCAAAACGGGCUUCGACUACGCCUGCGCGUCCACGGUGGGCAAGGUCGACCUGCUCCGCACGGUGCAGGACUUCUGCCUCUUCUGCACGCCCAUGCGCGUGGAGCACUACGGCAUGGCGUCGCCGUCGUUCAAGGCCGCGCUAGUCAUCGUGGCUCCGCGCCGCCCCGCGCCCCCGCGCGGCGCCACGAUGCAGGCCCCCAAGGGCUCGGAGCCGUGGGAGAUGCUCAUCUUCGACGUCCACUCCUUCAAGCUCAAGACGCGCUUCGACCUCACGGGCGCGCGCGGCGAGAUGGAGAACAUCGACAAGGCGGCCGAGCCCGACGCCCGCCCCCGCAGCAUGGUCUUCUUCGCGAAAGCGCCGAAAAUCGGCCUCGGCGGCGUGCACCUGCGCCGGGACCCGUCCGUGCCGCACGGCGGCUACGUGCGCUUCGAGUCCGUCGGCGGCAAGGGGAAGGACGCCGAGGGCGCGCGGGACAUCGCGCGCGCCGCGGACGCGAACUGGCGGGCGCCGCUGCUGGAGGACUUCAAGAACGGGCGCGCGCCGGGGACCACGAAGCCGCCGGUGUCCGAGGCGGACGAACCGGAGGGCGGCAGCGAGGAGCAGCAGGACACGGCGGCGGCCGGGGCGAGCGAGACGCGGCGGCAGACGGCGGACGCGGACGGCGCGAAGGCGGGAGAGAUCAAGGUGACGAUUCAGGCGCCGGACACGUGA